GGUCCCAAGCUGUCAGUUCAGAUCAGACCGUCCGUUGGUGCUUGUUUUCCAUCGGGUUACACAAAGGUACCGCAGCAGUUGCAGCAGCUCGGUGCAGCCAGAUAGCAUCCUCGUGGAUGCAUUUCCUGUUUGGACGCCAACCGGUGCAGAAGUCAAUCGCGUGACGCUCUCCGUGGUGUGAAUUUAGGCUGAAGUAAAAGUAUUUCUCUGUCGUAGACAUUGUCGUGUCCGCUGACUUGGUGAAUAUCGGUGAUAGUGAUUGUAACUAGUUACAGCUAGUAAAAGGCGUAAAGAAAAAAUAGUUUGGCUCAGAUUUAGACGCACUUGAUUGCAGUGGGGCUUUCCUUCAGCAGUAAGUGCCGGUCGGUCGGUGUUGAUUCGUAUCCUUAUUCCGUCGUUGUCGUCGUCUUUUUCCAUGUGUGUCGUGUAUGCGUGUUAUAUAAUUGGUGUCGUCGUCGUCGUCGUUGUUGUGUAGAAAAGUGCAUCCUUUCGCAAAUUUUCAUAACCGUUAGUUGUACUUUUGCAGUUUGAGGGAAAAAACAGUGACUACCUUUAGCCGAAAGAAAAUUUGUGUCAAGCAGUGUCGGUUGGGAAGAAGUAAAAAUUAAAAAUACAACUGUGAGCAAGUGCUAGAAGGCAGUGAAGAACCCCAUCUGAAAAUACAGUGGCCAAGUGUUAAUAAACCCCCCAAUUGAAACCAUCCUCCAAGCCAAUUCAGUGACUGUGUGAAAGUGAAUCAAAAUCGAAACAAAAAUAAAGUCCCGCAAGAGCCGCCGCAAGGGCAUCCCAUUGAAAAACGGGACUCCGGAAGCCCUCAACCUCGACUCAUCAUCGUUGCAGUCGUUCACCGACCUAGUCGCUGCCUCCGUCGUCGAGGGCAAGAAAAACGCUUCCUCCGCUAGUGACAGUUCGCAAGGCAAUGGCGAUUACCAACUGAACUCAUCAAGCUCUCUAAAGUUUCUACAGCAAGUGCUCAACAACAUGUCUUCGCCACCCGCAAUACCCCUGUACACCCGCCGUUAUCCGACGCCGAACGGCUAUCCACAGAAUACUAACGGAACCGAAACGACCGAGCUGCUCGAUCUCCGUAAGCUCGAAUCGCACCGAAGGUAUGUUUGGGCUUUCCAUAAGAUCAAAUCCAAGGCGAGGGAUUACUUCCUAAAUAUCACAAAUACUACUUGCUCAAGAAACAAGUGAUCGAAUCUGCCGAUCCUCAGUCGAUCGAAAUCAACCUAUAAAUCCUGUACAUUUAUCAUGCGAGCUUGAAUCAAGGGAAACACACAUAUGUACUAUAAACAAAAUUAAAACCAUACCAUAAAUGUAUACCUUUCUAUUUAAAACAAUCAAAAGAACAACAACCGUCAAACGGAGGUGAAAAUCAAAAAAAUCGAUCCUGCAAAUACUUGAUAUCCUGUAAAAAAAUAAGUCGAAAAGCAGUACUAAUAAGCAAAUACGAUAAUAACUAAUGAUAAUAACGUCAAACGUAGCAGCAAUUCAGGUUAACCAUUUUAUAUAUAUAAACGAAAACAAAAUAUUUAAAAUACAAGUAGCAAAGUGAGAAAUAAAUGACAUAUCGUUUACCCCCUCCUCCCGGAGAACGUAUACAUUGAAACUGUAAAAAGUUGUAAACAAACGAGCUGAUAAAUAUUGCUUAACUAUUGAAAUCAACUUUUCUAACAUCAUAAAAUCCAAGUGCAUAGAAGCCAUGAACAUUAUCCGCUUCCGUAGAGUUUCGUCAUAAAGAAAACUGAUAGACAUGCUUUGCUUCCUGUAGUUAUUUACAACUUAAUUAAAAAAAAAAUUAUCCAUUAAACAAACAAACAAAAAAUGACACAAGACAUGUAAAUGAUCCGUAGAGUUUCCGAGUACAAAACGAACUUAGCUAAACCAAAACAAAUGAAAUGCAAAAACACUGAAUCAUAGCAUCAUUUAGCCCAAUUAAUUAUCGAUAAUCUAGUUAUGUAACAUGUAAAUUAAAACAAAUCAGAAAAAAAAACUAUUUAACCUUCUCCCAACCAUCAUAAACACGUACAAUUGAUCGAUUCGAGCAACUAAAAUCCCACCAAUUAAAAAGUGACGUUUCCCUUGCAACGAUACAAUCGAGAGAAGAAAAAAAAACCCCGAAUACAACUGGCAACGCUUCCGUGUGCGUCAGUUGCCGUCAUCAAUCAACCUGUUCCGGCUCUUCAAUCAAUCUAUUAAUCCGAAAAUCGUCAGUGUCCGGCGACUGCAUCUUCAAUCAACAAUCAACAAUCUAUACCAUUCAUCAAUCAACAAUCUACAAUCAACAAUCUAUCUAAUGACGCCCGGGCAAAAAGCGUAUGCCAGCACGUCUUGUGACUCAUGCUGGGCGCACUGUUCCGCAGUGUCAAUGCUCCAGCCAACGAGAACGAGGAGUUUGGCGGCUUCUGCUGCUGGAACAGCACUGACACAGGAACAAUGGACCAGCAGUAUUGCCUACGCUGGAACAACCAUCAGUCCAACCUGACAACCGUGCUCAGAACCCUGCUGGAAGAUGAGAAACUGUGUGAUGUCACGCUCGCCUGCGAUAAUGGAAUUGUCAAAGCACAUCAAGCGAUACUGUCCGCGUGCAGUCCGUACUUUGAACAGAUCUUCCUCGAAAACAAACACCCGCAUCCGAUCAUCUACCUGCGCGACGUCGAGGUCAGUGAAAUGCGUGCCCUGCUCAACUUCAUGUACCAGGGCGAGGUGAACGUUGGCCAGCACAACCUGCAGAACUUCCUCAAGACGGCGGAGAGUUUAAAAGUACGAGGUCUCACCGAGAGCAGUGCCGAUCGGUACGCCUCCGAGGCGGACAAAACCCGGGCCGACCGAGCGAGGGGUGAUUCCCGCGAUGGACGUGACUCGGCACCGCCGACCAGUGUCAACAACAACAACACCAUCAACAGUAACAACAACAACAACAACAAUAACAACAACAAUACUCUCCACCAUCCGCUGCAGCGGGACAAGGAACAUCGCGAGCGGGAAGAGCUACGGGAGCGAGACCGGCGGGAGGUCCAUCGGGAGCUACAGCGAGAACGGGAACAGCAGGCGCGAGAACACCAGCGCAGUGCCAGUGCCGAUCUGCUCACGCCGAUGACCGACGACUGCGGUUACUCGCCCUCGGAAGACCGGGAAAUGACAGUAGACAGUAAGAAAAAACGUAAAAUGUCCACCUGUGAUAAUUCUUUGCCCUCGACACCGAGCCUGAUGAACGAUCGGCCGGGCGGAUAUGAAUCGCAGGCGUCAUCACACAGUAGUAUCAAGCUAAGUCCAAAGCCAGACGAUGAGUUCAAAGUCAGCUCACCGGCCCCAAUGCAUUCGCUCGCCAGUCAGAUCAAGCAGGAAUACUCGGACCUGCCCAGCCGCCAUCACCCACUACAUCCAGAGUUAUUGCCGCCCCUUAAGAUGCCAAUGUAUCCGGAGGAGAUGUCCAGCUUGCUGACACCCUCCAGUCCGGGAAACGAUCACCCACCACCACCGACACACUCAUCACACCCGCAUCUGAACCAUAUCCGUUACAAGUCGAAGCAUCCCAUGCAAAUGAACCUCAAUCCGGAGGAGAUGAGCAGCAUGCUAUCGUCGGGCAACAUGCCUCCGAUGAAUGAGAGCGGUGACAACGAUGGCUCCCUCUCGCAUCCAGACCACCCGGACAACAUUGACGGUGACCGAAUGUUGCGUCUGGCCAUGGCGUCCCGCCACCAUCAUCCCGUGCUCCUACAUCACGAUCCAAGCGGUGGAAUCCCUGGAAGCGGAGGAUGCCCCGGUGGCGGGGGAGCACCAAACAACUCGGCGGGAAGCCUAAUGGAUCAUCACCGCCUGAACGGGAUCAGCCAUCAGCAGUCAUCUUCCUCGUCACUAAUGUCCAGCACCCCACCGGGUACCAGCUCCACCGGUGGCUGUGGCAGUCUGUCUAUGCCGACGAAUGGUUCCGGUGGUAAUGGCGGCGCUGGUUGUUCUGGCAGUGACGGCAGCAGUCGCUCGUCCAGUUCCACCAGGCGCGAUCACAACAUUGACUACUCUUCCCUGUUCAUCCAGCUGACUGGCACCUUCCCGACACUGUACAGUUGCGUCAGUUGUCACAAAACCGUUUCGAAUCGCUGGCACCAUGCCAACAUACACCGACCGCAGAGCCACGAGUGCCCCGUGUGCGGUCAGAAGUUUACCCGUCGCGAUAACAUGAAAGCCCACUGCAAGGUCAAACAUCCGGAACUUAGGGAUCGUUUCUACAAUCACAUCGUACACAUGUGAUUAAACGCUGCCAGAAACAAACAGCGGCUCAAAUUUAAGAAAAAUGCUUUCAUCUAAAGCGACCCAGCCUUCUGCGCUGCGCAGA